GCGCGCUGGGCAGGCGCAGCGAGCAGCGGCGAGCUCAGUUUCAGCCUGCGCACCAACGCCACGCGCGCGCUGUUGCUCUACCUGGACGACGGCGGCGACUGCGACUUUUUGGAGCUGCUGCUGGUGGACGGGCGCCUGCGGCUGCGCUUCACGCUUUCGUGCGCCGAGCCCGCCACGCUGCAGCUGGACACGCCGGUGGCGGACGACCGCUGGCACAUGGUGUUGUUGACCCGCGACGCGCGCCGCACGGCGCUAGCGGUGGAUGGCGAGGCCCGCGCGGCAGAGGUGCGCUCCAAGCGGCGCGAGAUGCAGGUGGCCAGCGACCUGUUCGUGGGUGGAAUCCCUCCCGACGUGCGCCUCUCGGCACUCACGCUCAGCACCGUCAAGUACGAGCCACCCUUCCGCGGCCUCCUGGCCAACCUGAAGCUGGGUGAGCGGCCCCCGGCGCUGCUGGGCAGCCAAGGCCUGCGCGGCGCGGCUGCCGAUCCGCUGUGCGCGCCCGCGCGCAACCCCUGCGCCAACGGCGGCCUCUGCACUGUACUGGCCCCCGGCGAGGUGGGCUGCGACUGCAGCCAUACGGGCUUCGGUGGCAAGUUCUGCAGCGAAGAGGAGCACCCUAUGGAAGGUCCGGCUCACCUGACGUUAAACAGCGAAGGGUCCUUACUGUUCUCCGAGGGGGGGGCCGGGAGAGGAGGAGCCGGAGAUGUGCACCAGCCUACCAAAGGCAAGGAGGAGUUUGUGGCGACCUUCAAAGGCAAUGAGUUCUUCUGCUAUGACCUGUCACACAACCCGAUCCAGAGCAGCACUGACGAGAUCACGCUGGCCUUCCGCACCCUGCAGCGCAACGGGCUGAUGCUGCACACGGGCAAGUCGGCCGACUAUGUCAACCUGUCCCUCAAGUCCGGGGCUGUCUGGCUGGUCAUCAACCUAGGCUCGGGUGCCUUUGAGGCCCUUGUGGAACCCGUCAACGGCAAGUUCAACGACAACGCCUGGCACGACGUCAGGGUCACCCGAAACCUGCGCCAGGUGACCAUCUCGGUGGACGGGAUCCUGACCACCACAGGCUACACGCAGGAGGACUACACCAUGCUGGGCUCGGAUGACUUCUUCUACAUUGGGGGCAGCCCCAACACUGCCGACCUGCCGGGCUCGCCCGUCAGCAACAACUUCAUGGGCUGCCUCAAGGACGUGGUCUAUAAGAACAAUGACUUCAAGCUGGAACUGUCCCGCCUGGCCAAGGAAGGGGACCCCAAGAUGAAGCUGCAGGGGGACUUGUCAUUCCGCUGCGAGGAUGUGGCUGCUCUGGACCCCGUGACCUUUGAGAGUCCCGAGGCCUUUGUGGCACUGCCCCGCUGGAGCGCCAAGCGCACGGGCUCCAUCUCUCUGGACUUCCGCACCACUGAGCCCAACGGGCUGCUGCUCUUCAGCCAGGGCCGGCGGCCGGGGGCCGGGGCCGGCGGCCACAGCUCUGCCCAGCGGGCCGACUACUUUGCCAUGGAGCUGCUGGAUGGCUACCUCUAUCUGCUGCUGGACAUGGGCUCAGGGGGCAUCAAGCUUCGGGCGUCUAGCCGCAAGGUCAACGACGGCGAGUGGUGCCACGUGGACUUCCAGAGGGACGGGCGCAAAGGCUCCAUCUCUGUGAACAGCCGCAGCACACCAUUCUUGGCCACUGGGGACAGCGAGAUCCUGGACCUGGAGAGUGAGCUGUACCUGGGCGGUCUCCCUGAGGGAGGCCGUGUGGACCUGCCCCUGCCCCCGGAGGUGUGGACAGCGGCGCUCAGGGCUGGCUACGUGGGCUGCGUGCGGGACCUCUUCAUAGAUGGACGUAGCCGAGACCUCCGGGGCCUGGCCGAGGCGCAGGGGGCCGUGGGCGUUGUCCCCUUCUGCUCUCGGGAGACGCUGAAGCAGUGUGCGUCCGCUCCCUGUCGCAACGGGGGCCUCUGUCGAGAAGGCUGGAACCGCUUCGUCUGUGACUGCAUCGGGACCGGCUUCCUGGGGCGGGUCUGUGAGAGAGAGGCCACGGUCCUGAGCUACGACGGCUCCAUGUACAUGAAGAUCACGCUGCCUAACGCCGUGCACACCGAGGCCGAGGACGUGUCCCUGCGCUUCAUGUCCCAGCGGGCCUACGGACUCAUGAUGGCCACCACCUCCAGGGAGUCUGCCGACACCCUGCGCCUCGAGCUGGACGGGGGGCAGAUGAAGCUCACUGUCAACCUCGACUGCCUGCGCGUCGGCUGCGCACCCAGUAAAGGGCCCGAGACGCUCUUUGCGGGGCACAAGCUCAAUGACAAUGAGUGGCACACAGUAAGGGUGGUGCGGCGUGGCAAGAGCCUGCAGCUGUCUGUGGACAACGUGACCGUGGAGGGACAGAUGGCGGGAGCCCACACGCGGCUGGAGUUCCACAACAUUGAGACGGGCAUCAUGACGGAGCGGCGGUUCAUCUCCGUGGUGCCCUCCAACUUCAUCGGGCACUUGAGCGGGCUGGUGUUCAACGGCCAGCCCUACAUGGACCAGUGCAAGGACGGUGACAUCACCUACUGCGAGCUCAACGCCCGCUUUGGCCUGCGUGCCAUCGUGGCCGAUCCCGUCACCUUCAAGAGUCGCAGCAGCUACCUGGCCCUGGCCACGCUCCAGGCCUACGCCUCCAUGCACCUCUUCUUCCAGUUCAAGACCACGGCCCCCGACGGGCUUCUCCUCUUCAACUCGGGCAACGGCAACGACUUCAUUGUCAUCGAGCUGGUCAAGGGGUACGUCCACUACGUGUUUGACCUGGGGAAUGGCCCGUCCUUGAUGAAGGGGAACUCAGACAAACCAGUCAAUGACAACCAGUGGCACAACGUGGUGGUGUCCAGGGACCCAGGCAACGUGCACACGCUCAAGAUUGACUCCCGCACUGUCACGCAGCACUCCAAUGGCGCCCGAAACCUCGAUCUCAAAGGGGAGCUGUACAUUGGCGGCCUGAGCAAGAAUAUGUUCAGCAACCUGCCUAAGCUGGUGGCUUCCCGGGACGGCUUUCAGGGCUGCCUGGCCUCUGUGGACCUCAACGGGCGCCUCCCAGACCUCAUCGCUGAUGCCCUGCACCGCAUCGGGCAGGUGGAGAGGGGCUGUGAUGGCCCCAGCACCACCUGCACCGAGGAGUCCUGUGCCAACCAGGGCGUCUGCCUGCAGCAAUGGGAUGGCUUCACCUGUGACUGCACCAUGACCUCCUACGGAGGCCCCGUCUGCAAUGACCCCGGGACCACAUACAUCUUUGGGAAGGGGGGAGCGCUCAUCACCUAUACCUGGCCUCCCAAUGACCGGCCUAGCACAAGGAUGGACCGCCUGGCCGUGGGCUUCAGCACCCAUCAGCGGAGCGCUGUGCUGGUGCGGGUGGACAGCGCCUCGGGCCUCGGGGACUACCUGCAGCUGCACAUUGACCAGGGCACCGUGGGGGUGAUUUUUAACGUGGGCACGGACGACAUUACCAUCGAUGAGCCCAAUGCCAUCGUGAGCGACGGCAAAUACCAUGUGGUGCGUUUCACUCGAAGCGGUGGCAACGCCACCUUGCAGGUGGACAGCUGGCCGGUCAACGAGCGGUACCCAGCAGGAAACUUUGAUAACGAGCGCCUGGCGAUUGCUAGACAGAGAAUCCCCUACCGGCUUGGUCGAGUAGUAGAUGAGUGGCUGCUCGACAAAGGACGCCAGCUGACCAUCUUCAACAGCCAGGCUGCCAUCAAGAUCGGGGGCCGGGAUCAGGGCCGCCCCUUCCAGGGCCAGGUGUCCGGCCUGUACUACAAUGGGCUCAAGGUGCUGGCGCUGGCCGCCGAGAGCGACCCCAACGUGCGGACUGAGGGCCAUCUGCGCCUGGUGGGGGAGGGACCGUCCGUGCUGCUCAGUGCGGAGACCACGGCCACCACCCUGCUGGCCGACAUGGCCACCACCAUCAUGGAGACCACUACUACUAUGGCCACUACCACCACGCGCCGGGGCCGCUCCCCCACGCUGAGGGACAGCACCACCCAGAACACAGAUGACCUCCUGGUGGCCUCGGCUGAGUGUCCGAGCGAUGAUGAGGAUCUGGAGGAGUGUGAGCCCAGUACUGGAGGAGAGUUAAUAUUGCCCAUUAUCACGGAGGACUCCUUAGACCCCCCUCCCGUGGCCACCCGGUCCCCCUUCGUACCCCCGCCCCCCACCUUCUACCCCUUCCUCACGGGCGUGGGCGCCACCCAAGACACCCUGCCCCCGCCCGCCGCGCGCCGCCCGCCCCCCGGGGGCCCGUGCCAGGCGGAGCGCGACGACAGCGACUGCGAGGAGCCCAUCGAGGCCUCGGGCUUCGCCUCGGGGGAGGUCUUUGACUCCAGCCUCCCGCCCACGGACGACGAGGACUUUUACACCACCUUUCCCCUGGUCACGGACCGCACCACCCUCCUGUCACCCCGCAAGCCCGCUCCCCGGCCCAACCUCAGGACAGACGGGGCCACGGGCGCCCCCGGGGUGCUGCUCGCCCCCUCCGCCCCGGAGCCCACUGGGCAGGGGAAUGUCCCUGGGGGGGUGGCAGAUGCUGCCCUAAUGGCUCCAACUGGCUUCAGAAGCCCAGCUGUCAUCUCCCCCUUCAUCCUGGAGGGAGCUUGCCUUGGGACCUCCCCCAGCUUGAUGCCCCCCCAGGCCUUUUGA